UUAUUUCAUAGUACAACAUUUCAUGUGAAUGGGCAACCUUUGACUCGUGAUUCAUGCCAUGAAAAUUAAAAAGGUUCAUGGAUUCACAAAGCCAGCGUCCCCGUUUCGAAGUUAGUGCUAUAAAAAACGACAGUCGACAGGAGGGAGCAGUUUUCAACGUGGCGCACGGUAAGUGGUCAUGUCCGAGAGCGUCCGAAACGGCACGGAUUCAGCAAAUCUUACCGCCAUCUACAUCUACAAGUUCUACUACUACUUACUGUCGUCCGUCGGUUGGUUCGUUCCCCGUCUAUUACACGAAACUUUCCUCAAUUUACCAUUUUGUCCUCGCACAAAAAACAUAAUUACGACACUGACCUCAAACCUUCCUCUCAGCUGAGCUUCACAAGGAGGCUGGUGACCUGUUCCAAUCUUAAAUCUCUCUUUUCGGUUUUUUUAAUCUAUUUAUCUGCUUUAUCAAAUCAGCUAAGUAUCCUUUCCUCAUCCAAAUCAACUUUUCUUAUUCUUCUUUCAAUCAAUGCCGGGUCUCGCCUCAGUCAAAUCUCCACCCGACGCGCCACCGCUACGGAUUUCAGUUCCGGAGCCACCGCCGCAUAAUCCACCGCAGACUCCUAAUAAAAAGCCUCCAUCUCCUUCCCCUUCCCGAUCUAAGCCUUCCCCCGCCCGCUCCGCCAAGAAACCUCCACCCGAGUCACCCAACCUGGAUGAUUCCUCACUCGACAAUCCGGAUCUCGGUCCUUUUUUACUUAAAUUGGCCCGAGACACUAUCGCUUCUGGUGAGGGUCCUAGUAAGGCUUUGGACUAUUCAAUUCGAUCGACCAAAUCGUUCGAGAGAUGCGCCGUGGAAGGUGAGCCUAGCUUGGAUCUGGCGAUGAGCUUACACGUGCUGGCGGCGAUAUAUUGCAGCUUGGGGAGGUUAGGUGAGGCGAUUCCGGUGCUGGAGCGGGCGAUUCGAGUACCCGAUGUGGGUCGAGGCCCCGAUCACGCGUUGGCUGCUUUUUCGGGGCAUAUGCAGCUUGGGGACACGUAUUCGAUGCUGGGUCAAGUGGAGAAAUCGAUUGGGUGCUAUGAAGAAGGGCUAAAGAUUCAGAUGCAGGCGCUGGGAGAGACCGAUGCCAGAGUUGGCGAGACUUGCAGGUACUUGGCUGAGGCCCAUGUUCAAGCAAUGCAAUUUGAUAAAGCAGAAGAAUUGUGCAAUAAAACUCUUGAAAUUCAUCGUGCCCACAGUGAACCAGCAUCACUCGAAGAGGCAGCUGACCGCCGGUUGAUGGCACUCAUAUGUGAGGCAAAGGGAGAUUAUGAAAUAGCCCUUGAGCACCUUGUCCUAGCCAGCAUGGCAAUGAUUUCUAGUGGGCAGGAGAAUGAAGUAGCUUCUAUUGAUGUCAGCAUUGGCAAUAUUUACAUGUCUUUAUGUCGCUUUGAUGAGGCUGUCUUCUCCUACCAGAAGGCACUAACAGUAUUCAAAUCAUCGAAGGGUGACAACCACCCCUCAGUUGCCUCUGUCUUUGUACGUCUUGCUGAACUAUACCACAGGACAGGAAAGCUCCGAGAAUCAAAGUCCUAUUGUGAAAAUGCUCUGAGGAUCUUUGCAAAACCUGUGCCUGGAACGACGGCAGAAGAGAUAGCUGGUGGGUUAACAGAAAUUUCUGCCAUAUAUGAAUCCGUGGAUGAGCCUGAGGAGGCAUUGAAGCUAUUGCAGAAGGCAAUGAAGUUGUUGGAAGAUAAACCAGGACAGCAAAGCACAAUUGCGGGAAUUGAAGCAAGGAUGGGGGUGAUGUGUUACAUUCUUGGGAGGUAUGAAGAGGCAAGGAACUCUUUUGAGAGUGCAGUAGCAAAGCUUAGAGGAAGCGGGGAGAGGAAGUCAGCCUUCUUUGGGGUUGUGUUGAACCAGAUGGGCUUGGCUUGUGUUCAAUUGUUCAAGAUAGAUGAGGCUGCUGAGUUGUUUGAAGAAGCAAGAGCGAUACUUGAGCAGGAAUGUGGCCCAUGUCAUCAAGAUACUUUGGGAGUGUAUAGCAAUCUUGCAGCAACUUAUGAUGCUAUGGGAAGGGUUGAAGAUGCAAUUGAGAUAUUGGAGUAUAUACUAAAAUUGCGAGAAGAAAAACUUGGAAUUGCAAAUCCUGAUUUUGAAGAUGAAAAGAGUAGGCUGGCUGAGCUCCUGAAAGAAGCAGGCAGGUCUCGAAACAGAAAAGCAAAAUCACUGGAAAAUCUCAUCGAUCCUAACUCAAGGAGGACGAAGAAAGAGGGGACAAAAAGAUGGGGUUUUAGAAUUUGAAGUGUUCCAACCAGCGCAUCUCUAUUCCUUUUUCCAACAUAUGCACAUUCUGUAACAUAGAAGAUCAUGUAUAGUGUUUCAAGUUGUAAUUUGUUUAACUUUCCUGUUUUUCGAGCUAAGAUCUCUUUUUUUUACUAUUGUUAAUUGUUUUAUUGAAUGUCUGUGAUGUGCUCUUGAAUUGGAAAGAAGACUGUUCAUUUGAGUGAAUAAAUCUGAUCAUGAUUUUUUGAUUUCUU